UCGGUCAUUUUCCUUUAAACAAAUGUCAUGUAAUGAAAUGACCGAAGAGUUACGAUUGCACAAUCGAGACCGAAAUUCCUCGAUGCCCAUGAAAGAUCAUGACACAGAGACAGAUUUUGACGUGUUUACGAAAUUUAUUAUCAAGAGAUGUUGGCCAUGCAGUGAAAAGAAAAGCUCUUGUUGCAAAUGCAAGUUUACUGCAGAACAGCUGUGUUAGAAACUAUCACCAGACAAAGUCGUUAAUGUUCUACAAUAGAUUUAAAAACCGAAAAGAAGUGAAAAAGAAAAGUAAGGAAGAUGAAGAGGAGAAGGAGAUAGACGCCAAACUGGUGGAGGAUAAAGUGAAAGAACUCGACAUCGUCGCAAAAAUCCCCUACAAAAUCAACGUGGCCACAUUUGAGAGCAAGACAGAUAGGUUUGUGAAUAGAAUAUUUAAUCAAGUGGAACAAAGUGGUGAAAAAAACCAGGAAACUUUCAACACUGCUGUUAAGAUUUACAAACUGAAUGCAGGACUGUACAUGAGAGGGCAUAUAGAGUUUGGAGAAUUAGCCCUCGGUAAACUUGAGGAAUAUGAACUGCAGUAUAAUCUGGAAGUCUACAAGGUGAUAUUCAGUAUAUUUCCGGAGGGGAAGUAUCUACCUACGUCUAAGAUUGCUGCUGAAUUUACACCAUUCCCACGGCAACAGGAUGCUGCACUGCAGAUAUUAACAAAAAUGUUUGAUAAUGGUGUUAUACCAGAUGAAGAAUUCGGCAGUAUGAUAAUAUCCAGAUUUUCCCAAAGAUCCAAAGUCUUUACCCGGUUCCUGAGGAUGCUGUAUUGGAUGCCCAAGUUUAAGUACAUGAACCCCUGGCCCAUCCCCCGACCCCCUCCUAAGGACCCCAUACAGCUGGCUGUCCUGGCUCUCAAGAGAAUGAGUUUUGAUUUGGAAACCAAGGUUACAGUUGUGAAUGAUUCAAAAGAAGGUGAGACCUCAUCAAUAAGGAGUGGUAAGUUUAUAGCCAGUGCCCAGAGUCCUAAACAGAGGGAACUGCUCUCCCGACAUCCAUCAUCUAAACCCAUCAUAGUGGAGGGGGAACAUUAUGUCUAUCUCAGGAAAGUCUGUCAGAAAGUCUUCUUCCUCAAAACGGACCCAGAGGGCGAAAUAACGAGAGACGACCCUGACUAUUAUAAAGCCCUCGAGGAAGAGGAUGUAGAAGACAUGUUUGACUUCACAACCCCCCUCUCUGGUGAGGAACAGACAGCUCUAGUCCCCAAGAAGUCUGUCCACGAACAGGAGGACGGUACGGUGUACGCUAUGUGUAUAACAAGUGACUCUAGUAAAGAAUCCCUACAAGACUGGGUACAGUUCCUACAGACCACAAACUCGGCACUGGAACAUAUACCGGUGUUAUUUAGGAUUAAAGACGCGGACUCUCUACUGAAGGAAACCAUCAGGCAAGAGGAGGAGGAGGAGGAAUUAUGAGAUCAGAGAUUUUAGGGAAAAUAAAAAAAUUAUCACUACAUUG